AUGAUUGAAGAGCGCCGCGCCGGACCUCCGCACGCGGCCAUCCUGGCGGCAGUGGUGGUGCUGGUGAUGGUGAUUCCGGCGCUGGUGGGGGAGCACGGGGAGGCCGUGACGGAGUUCGUGGCGGAGGUGCUGAGCCCGGUGGGCCUCCUCCUCCUCCCCAUCGCCCUCCUCCUCACCAUACAGUUCCUCUCCUCCGACACCGGCUCCUUCGUCUCCGGGAUAUUCUCCGCCGCCGGCCCCAACUCCAUCCACCGCGCCACGGGAUCUCCGGUCGGCGUCGCCCUCUUCCUCGCCCUCGUCCUCUUCCUCCUCUACAACAGGGUCUCCAUCUUCGGCGGAGACGACGAUUCCGGCGACUGA